CAUCCAUCAGAACCUGUUGCAGCAGGAACAGCGCCUGGUGCAGAAUGUCAGACUCUCCGUCCUUUUCACCCAGAGAGUGUAAAGCAUCCACCCUCCAGGCCAAAUCACUCACAUGCGAGCCCCUUGGGACUUCCACCCGACACAAGGUGGAAGAAUCACAGAUAAAAGACAGCAGUGAUAUCUGCUUCACCCUGCAAUCCAGAACCACCUUCAGCUCAAGGACCAACACCAGGACCGUCCCCGUAAACAGGAGGCACAGCGUGGACGGGACGCUCACUUCAGUUUCAGGACCCGACCUGGUUGAUGCCUCACGUUUCCACCCGUAUCAACGACGCUUCAGCGAGGCAGCGGCGGCAAACCCAGUUUGUCUUCAACAUGCCUCGUCUCCCUUCAGCGGCCUGUUCGAGGCGUGUGGCGCUCAAACAUGCUGUCUUCCGAACAGCUCAAGCAGCGACGUGCCAACACCGUGGGAACAAUGCGACAACGGCAAUCAGUAUUCCUACCCAGACCGACCAGCUGCCCCCGCUGAGAGUCCUUGUUCCCCUUCCCAGGGCUGUCAAUCCUUCCCUUCAGUCCAUGAGGUGGCAUCUCGGUCGUACACACCUGAGGAGCAUCCAAACAGGCCAAUCCAUUCUCUUCACAGCUUCUCCUCUCAUGUUCAUCAGAGGAGCCCCUCACAGAGCCUCUUUCCCAAGCCCAUUUACUCAUACAGCAUUCUCAUCUUCAUGGCCCUAAAGAAUAGUAAAACAGGAAGUCUGCCUGUCAGUCAGAUCUACAGCUUCAUGACUGAAAACUUCCCCUAUUUUAAGACAGCCCCUGAUGGAUGGAAGAACUCGGUACGACACAACCUCUCCUUGAACAAGUGUUUUGAGAAGGUGGAGAGCAAAAAUGGCAGCUCCUCCCGAAAAGGUUGUUUGUGGGCUCUCAAUCCCACGAAAGUGGAAAAGAUGCAGGAGGAACUCCACAAGUGGCGCCGUAAAGAUCCCAUCACUGUUCGCAGGAGCAUGGCAAGACCAGAGGACCUAGAUCGUCUUCUUGGAGAGAGGCCCAACAAAUUGCGAUCAAUGCCAUCUUACACCAGAUCUGCAGAUGUUUAUGGCACCAAAGCAACACAGGAGCAACCACACAGCGCACCCAGUCGCCGUCCACAGUAUUCACAGACUUAUUAUCCACCUUCACAGCCGUUCCUCUCCUUGCAUCAACCCUACGGUCAACAAUCCACAGAUGACCAUCCAAACUCAAAUUCAAGUGGGAAGCUUCCACUAGCCUACAGCGCCGCCCCACAGGCCGAGUUCAGUGUGGGUCUAAAGAGCCUGCAUGACUUGUUGUUAGACGGAGAUGCCACUUAUGACGUGGAUGUGCUCAACCCCAGUCUGACUGACCUGCAAUUGCAAGGUAACCUUUGGGAGGAGCUGCAAGAAGACAGUUUAACAUCACAGCUGCCAACAGUUCCCAUGAUGACUACCGUCCCAUCUGUCCUGCAGACGCCCUGUGUCUCGGCGAGCUACGUAGACGUGCCCUACUGUUAG